UUUAGCUACGCCUGCUACUCAGCAGGAGGCUGAUGUCUUUAUGUGGUCAUAUUUUCUUCAAGAAAAUGGAUGUUAAUCAAUAGAUGAGUGAUUAGCUAAACAGAUCUUUCUUUUGGAACUUCUCAUUCCAUGAGGAUGUUGAAUCACUUGCUAUCUCGGAUGUUUACUUGUCUUCUUUUGGUUUUGCUCUUCAACUUCCAUAGAGUUUUAUUGACAUUAGGCAAUGACCAGCUGUGUCAUAAUACAGAAAAACUGCUGUCUGAGUUCCCGAAAACUGUUGAUAAAUCGAACAGAUGCAUGAUGAGCUGUACAAUGCAGACAUGGAUGUCACUGGCUAGUGGGAACCGAACAAUGACUUUACUCCUCCAUGCAACCGUUCCAGGGAAGGAUAACAGAUUCUGUUGGCUUCGGCACCUGCUAUGUGUAAAGGGAAAACGUCUCCACAAAGCUUAUGUUCUUCUACCUUUGCAAGAGGGAAAACUGCAGCCAGAUUCCGUAAUCCACCUGCAGACUCUGGGUUCUUCCAGAAAAAGCCUAUUGGAAUCAGAACAGAGCCAGUCAAUUUUUGGUAGUGAGUGUGGCCUCCGCUUUGAUAUGACUCAGUUCAUUAUGGUCACAGAGAAUUUGGUAGAGAUAUGUGUGGAGCCACUGCUGAAUGGACAUCCAGCUUUUAGUUCAGUAAUGGAUGGUCUCAAAUGCCAACCAUUUCUUGGUACAAUUUGGAAAAAACAACACCAUUCCAUUCAAUAAAUGCCUCUUAUAUUUUAUGCCACAGCAGACAAAUAUAGAAAUGCACUGCAACUUUUAGAGUUAUGUAUGUAUGUAUGUAUGUAUGUAUGAAUGUAUGUAUGUAUGUAUGUAGGUAUGUAUGUCUGGACUGUGUUUUCAUAAUAUACUUUUUUACAUUUUCAUUUACUGCAUAUUCAUUUUCUUUAGCUUUAUUUGUGAAUGGCUAAUGAAUGGUAUCAAAGAUUAAAGCAACAUAUUUAAUGUUUUAUUUAUGUUCCUCUAUUUAUAAAAAUACAAUUGUUAUUAUAUUUUUCAAAGUUUUCAGCUAUCCCCAUAUAUUGCUUUCCUGUAUUAGCUUAUCUAAAUGUAAUUGCAUGGUUUAAACUGGCAAACUCCAUCCACAGAUUGAUCAACUUUCUGUAAUGUUUUCAUCAGGGAGCCAUAGCAAGCCAUUGAGCCUGUCCAACAGAUUCACACACACACAUCCUAAUACCAAGGUUAAAAAUAGAUUACAGGGAAGGUAACACAUUAACAAUUUAUCGUAAUCCAUGCUGGUUUAUUUUCUUUGCCUUCACAGUAAUAUACAACAGAAUGGAUGAUAACACUCAAUAUAAAGAGCAAUAGGCAGCAUGGUGGCGUAGUGGCUAGCACUGCUGCCUCACAGUAAGGAGACCUGGGUUCGCUUCCCUGCGUGGAGUUUGCAUGUUCUUCCCGGGCUUGCAUGCUGGUGAUCCUUAAUUAUCCCUAGUAUGUGCUUGGUGUUUGUGUGUGUGCCCUGCGAUGGGCUGGUGCCCAGCCCGGAGUAUGUUUCUUGCCU